AUGGGCCCCCGGGCGCGCAGCAGCCGGCGCCGCAGCUGGACCAGAGCCCUGGCCGUCGCGUUCCUGCCGCUCAUCUUCUCGGGGUUCGCGCCCCGACCGAGACCGAAGCUGGGUCUCCCGGGCGCCAGUGCGCAGCCGCGGCCCGCGCCGUCCAGCCUCUUCAACUGGUCCCACCUGACGCCCCUGGAGCUGGAGGACCGAGCCGCGGGCCUGGAGCCGCAGAGCCCCGGCGGCCGCAAGCCGUGCUUCACGCUGGGGGGGCACAAGUUCCAGGUCUUCGGGGGCUCCAUCCACUACUUCCGGGUGCCCAGGGCGUACUGGGGGGACCGCCUGCGGAAGCUGAAGGCCUGCGGCUUCAACACGGUCACCACUUACGUUCCAUGGAACCUGCACGAGCCAGAAAGAGGCAAAUUCGACUUCUCCGGGAACCUGGACAUGGAGGCCUUCGUGCUGCUGGCUGCGGAGAUGGGGCUGUGGGUGAUCCUGCGUCCAGGCCCCUACAUCUGCAGCGAGAUCGACCUCGGGGGCUUGCCCAGCUGGCUGCUGCAAGACCCCAAGAUGGUGUUGAGAACCACCUACAGCGGCUUUGUCAAAGCAGUGGAUAAGUAUUUUGACCACCUGAUUUCCAGAGUUGUUCCCCUCCAGUACCGCAGGGGAGGCCCCAUCAUCGCGGUGCAGGUGGAGAAUGAGUACGGCUCGUUCGCCGAGGACAGAGGCUACAUGCCUUACCUUCAAAAGGCCCUGCUGGAAAGAGGGAUCGUGGAACUGCUCGUGACCUCAGAUGAUGCAGAAAAUUUGCUGAAAGGCCACAUAAAAGGAGUUCUGGCCACCAUCAACAUGAACAGUUUUCAGGAGAGUGAUUUCAAGCUGCUUUCCUACGUGCAGAGCAAUAAGCCCAUUAUGGUCAUGGAAUUCUGGGUCGGCUGGUUUGACACAUGGGGAAGUGAACAUAAGGUUAAAAAUCCUAAGGAUGUUGAGGAGACUGUGACCAAAUUUAUUGCAUCUGAGAUCUCCUUCAAUGUAUAUAUGUUCCACGGUGGAACCAACUUCGGUUUCAUGAAUGGGGCCACAGAUUUUGGGAUACACCGAGGUGUUGUCACUAGCUAUGACUAUGAUGCUGUGCUCACAGAGGCCGGGGAUUACACAGAAAAAUAUUUCAAGCUUCGAAGACUCUUUGGAUCUGUCUCAGCAAUACCCCUGCCGCCUUUACCCGAGCUCACUCCCAAGGCUGAGUAUCCUUCUGUGAAGCCCUCUCUCUACUUGCCGCUGUGGGAUGUCCUCCAGUACUUAAAUGAACCAGUUAUGUCUAACACACCAGUCAACAUGGAGAACCUCCCUAUAAACGGUGGGAACGGCCAGUCCUAUGGAUUCGUGCUUUAUGAGACUUCGAUCUGCUCCGGAGGUUCUCUGCGUGCAGACGUUCACGAUACAGCACAGGUGUUUUUGAAUGAGAUAAAUAUAGGACAUCUGCACGAUCAUGCGAAGACGCUGACUGUUCCUACGAUGACGAGAUGUCAACUUCUGAGGAUCCUGGUAGAGAAUCAAGGACGAGUCAAUUUUUCAUGGAAAAUUCAAGACCAACGGAAAGGAUUAACUGGGUCAGUUACCAUCAAUAACAUGCCCCUGCAGGGUUUCGCUAUCUAUUCUCUGGAAAUGACAAUGAGCUUCUUUGAAAGGCUCCGCUCUGCCACCUGGAGGCCUGUCCCAAAGGCCUGUUUGGGCCCCGCCUUCUACCUCGGUACCUUAAAGGUGGACUCUUCUCCCAAGGACACCUUCCUGAGGCUACGGACCUGGAAUUCUGGAUUUGCGUUUAUCAAUGGACAUAACCUUGGGCGGUAUUCAAUUAUGGGACCUCAGGGAACACUUUACCUUCCUGGUGCUUGGCUUCAUCCAGAAGACAAUGAGAUCAUCCUGUUUGAGAAAAGGAAGUGUGGUUCAUACAUCCAAACUACAGAUGAACCCGUACUGUGAGAUGGUGUCAUAACACAUUCCUUGGAUCGUAAGAGUUCAUCUACAAGCAUUUUUUUUUUAGUAGGCAGAUUUAUGUUGAGAAUAUCAGUGUUGCCUACAAUAGCAUAAAUGUAAAAAUAACC